AUGAGCGAACGACAUUCUUCAUUUGUGAAAGAUGGAUGGAUCCAGAAUGACAUAAAUUUAUUGGUGGACUCAUUAAACACUCACCAAGGAGACUUCAAUAUGGCCGCCAAAAUUGUGGGGCGUUCUGCUUUCGAGUGCCAUAAAAAGUGGAAAAAGGAUCUGAGGGACGUGACAAGUUUUCCUGUAAGAGUAAAUUUCCCAAGACGAAGACAUGUUCCAGUUGCAUUAAAUGCACGCACACAAGUAUGUAUGCAUACUCGGUAA